ACUCGGGUUCUCUCCUCCCGCGGCCCCGAGCCUCCUGACGCCCCCUGGUCCUCCCGCUAUCCCCCCUCCCCAGAGACAGGGGAGGAGAAAAGGGGAGCCCAGGGCGUCAUGACUGAGCUGAAGGCGAAGGGUCCCCGCGCUGCCCACGUGGCAGGCACAGCGCCCUCGCCCACCCAAGUCGGAGCCCCUCUGCGGGGACGCCCAGACGCGGGCUCCUUCCAGGCGGGCGAGGCCUCGGGCCCGACCCCCACAGCCUCGGGCCUCCCCCUCUCCCUGGACGGGCUGAUCUUCCCUCAGCCCUGCCAGGCUCAGGACCUGGACGGGAAGACGCUGGACCCAGAGUCGCUGGCAGACGUGGAGGGGGCGUAUUCCAGAGGGGAAGCCGCAGAGGGCGCUGCUGUGAGACCCCCAGAGAAGGACGGCGGAUUGCUGGACAGCGUCCUGGACACCCUGCUGGCGCCCCCAGGCCCUGAGCGGAGCCCCGCCAGCCCCGCCGUCUGCGCGGCCCCCAGCCCUUGGUGCCUCUUUGGCCCUGAACUUGCCCAAGACGCCCGGGCUGCGCCCGCCGCCCAGGGGGUCCUGCCUACACUCAUGAACCGCCCGGAGAGCAAGGCUGGCGACACCCCCGGGGUGGCCGCCGGCCAGAAGGUGCUGCCCCGUGGCCUGGCGCCGUGCCGGCAGCUGCUGGCCCCGACGGCCUCGAGCCACCCCUGGCCCGCGCCGGCGCCGAGGCCGUCUCCGCAGCCCGCGGUGGUGGAGCUGGAGGAGGACGACUCGGAUCCCGAGGGCUCCUCGGGGCCGCCCCUGAAGGGCAAAGCCCGGCCCGCGGGAGGAGACGCGAUCAGCGCUCCUGGGACCGCCGCGGGAGGCGUCGCCCCGGUGCCCAAAGAAGAUGCCCGCUUCUCGGCGCCCAGGGCCGCCCCGACGGAGCAUGACGCGCCCGCCGCGCCCGGGCGCGCCCCGGUGGCCACCGCGGUGAUGGACUUCAUCCACGUGCCCAUCCUGCCGCUCAACUCGGCCUUCCUGGCCGCCCGCACCCGGCAGCUGCUGGAGGGCGACAGCUAUGACAGCGGGCCCGCCGGCGCCUUCGCCCCGCCGCGGGGCUCGCCCUCCGCCUCGGCCGCCCCGGGCGCGCCUGGCGACUUCCCCGACUGCGCGUACCAGCCCGAAGCCGAGCCCAAGGACGACGCGUUCUCGCUCUACGGGGACCCGCAGCCGCCCGCCCUGAAGAUCAAGGAGGAGGAGGAGGGGGGCGCCGAGGCCGCCGCGCGCUCCCCGCGGCCGUACCUGCUGGCGGGGGCCAGCCCCGCCGUCUUCGCCGACUUCCCGCUGGCGCCGCCGUCCAGGCCGGGGGAGGUGGCGGUGCCCGCGGCCGCCACGGGGGCCCCAGGCUCGUCCGCGGCCGCGUCGGGGUCCGCCCUGGAGUGCGUCCUGUACAAGGCGGAGGGCGCGCAGCCCCAGCCGGGCCCGUUCGCGCCGCCGCCCUGCAAGGCUCCGGCCGCGGGCGCCUGCUUCCUGCCGCGGGACCUGCCGUCCACCUCGUCCGCUGCCGCCGCCGGGGCCACCCCUGCACUCUACCCGCCGCUCGGCCUCAACGGGCUCCCCCAGCUCGGCUACCAGGCCGCGGUGCUCAAGGAGGGCCUGCCGCAGGUCUACCAGCCCUAUCUCAACUACCUGAGGCCCGAUUCAGAAGCCAGCCAGAGCCCACAGUACAGCUUUGAGUCAUUACCUCAGAAGAUUUGUUUAAUCUGUGGGGAUGAAGCAUCAGGCUGUCAUUAUGGUGUCCUCACCUGUGGAAGCUGUAAGGUCUUCUUUAAAAGGGCAAUGGAAGGACAGCAUAACUACUUAUGUGCUGGAAGAAACGAUUGCAUUGUUGAUAAAAUCCGCAGAAAAAACUGCCCAGCAUGUCGCCUUAGAAAGUGCUGUCAGGCUGGCAUGGUUCUUGGAGGCCGAAAGUUUAAAAAGUUCAAUAAAGUUAGAGUUAUGAGAACACUAGAUGCUGUUGCCCUCCCACAGCCAGUGGGUAUUCCAAAUGAAAGCCAAGCCCUAAGCCAGAGAAUCACUUUUUCACCAAGCCAAGACUUGCAGUUGAUCCCCCCACUGAUCAACUUGCUCAUGAGCAUUGAACCAGAUAUGGUCUAUGCAGGACAUGACAACAGCAAACCUGAUACCUCCAGCUCUCUGCUGACAAGUCUGAAUCAGCUUGGCGAGAGACAGCUUCUCUCAGUGGUCAAGUGGUCUAAGUCACUGCCAGGUUUUCGGAACUUACAUAUUGAUGACCAAAUAACUCUCAUCCAGUAUUCUUGGAUGAGUUUAAUGGUAUUUGGACUAGGAUGGAGAUCUUAUAAGCAUGUCAGUGGACAGAUGCUAUAUUUUGCACCUGAUCUAAUACUAAAUGAACAGCGGAUGAAGGAGUCAUCAUUCUAUUCAUUAUGCCUAACCAUGUGGCAGAUCCCACAGGAGUUUGUGAAGCUUCAAGUCAGCCAAGAAGAGUUCCUCUGUAUGAAAGUAUUGCUACUUCUUAAUACAAUUCCUUUAGAAGGACUAAGAAGCCAAAACCAGUUUGAAGAAAUGAGAUCAAGUUACAUUAGAGAGCUCAUCAAGGCAAUUGGUUUGAGACAAAAAGGAGUUGUCUCUAGCUCACAGCGUUUCUAUCAGCUUACAAAACUUCUUGAUAACUUGCAUGAUCUUGUCAAACAACUUCAUCUGUACUGCUUGAAUACAUUUAUCCAGUCCCGGGCACUGAGUGUUGAAUUUCCAGAAAUGAUGUCUGAGGUUAUCGCUGCACAAUUACCCAAGAUCUUGGCAGGGAUGGUGAAACCUCUUAUGUUUCAUAAAAAGUGAAUGCCAUUUUUAUCUUUAAAAAAAUUAAAUUUUGUGCUAUGUCUGUUUUUUGGGGGGUCAUGAUUAUGAGGUCACGAGUUUUUACUGUUUUUCUCAAAGCCUUACCUUUAUAAUGUGUCAUACUAUGUAAAUUUCAAAGAAAAGUUGUGAGGUUUAAUUGUUUUCCUUUAUAAAGCGUAAUUCAGAUUUUUAGUGUUUUUGUGCACCCAUAUUUUCCAUAAGAGUUUGCAAGGUUGAAACAGUACUAAAGUGAUUGUUAAUGUUAAUCUUAUCCGUAUCAUUUCAUAUCGUUCAGGUGACAUUUUUAAUUUUCACAUGUAACAAAUCUACUUUAGAGAAAAGAAGAAUCUUGCACAUAAAAACAAAAAGCUGUUCUAUGUUCUUUCUAUAUAGCUCCUUUUCUCUCCCUGAUUAUAUUUACAAAAAUGAAACAAAUCGGUAUGCAAAAUUAUAGCUAUAUGAGUGUAUAUACUUUUUUGUGAGAAGGUAAUUUAUAACCUUAACCAUAUUUUCCAAAGGGUUUUUAAUGCAAAAAAUAUAUAGAAAAAGAGUUUAAAAUUCUUGAAAUAGAUUGAUGCUCCUCAAACUAAGAAAACCAGCUUAUAUGUUAAGACUGUUUCCCAGAUCGGAAACACAGAUCUCUAAGGAUGUUAUUAAGGAAGGAGAGCCAUAAUGUUAUGACAAGUAUAUCAUGAGUUUUGCAGUUUUCUACUAGCCUUUUGCGGGGGGAAUUGUCCUUUAACAAGGCAUUCUAAAUUGAAAUAGGAAGCCAGAAAGUCUGUGGUCUAACUCCACCCGCUACAUCUAGGGCAUGUGGACAGUCACUUAUCCUUACCAAGUCUCUCUUAUAUUUCCUCAUCUUUCAUAAUAACUUUCCUGUAAUAAUAACUUUCCUGUAGAAUGUUCCUUUUGGUCAGAGCUUGUUACUCACUUUUCACAUCAAAGAAGAAAGGGAUGGAGGGUAGGUGGGGGAAAAAAAAAGAAGGGAGAGGAAAAAAGAGAGAAGUAUUACUCUUUUUCUCUACUGAGUGGGCAUAGUGGACAAAUCACAGUUAAAAUGUUUUCCGUGUCUCUGAUCCAGUCUAAGAGAUAAUUUAGGAAACAUUAAAUACUGGCUUAAAAUAAUAUAACCAAUAACUAGAAAACACACAACUCACAGUGUUAUGUGAGCUGAAAAUAUCCCUUUAGGAGACACACAAGUUUUUUUUUCUGAGGUAUCACUGGACACCUAGGUGUCACUAUUUUAAACAGGUCUAUGUAAAAAAAAAAAAAAAAA